AUUCUGUUGAAGGUUUUCUCCGAAGUGAACUAGAAUUCUACAAAUUUUUCCGGAAUAUCGACGCAGCAUGGACAAGAUGUUUGAAAUAUUAACGGGUCCCAGAGCCUCUAGAGAACAAGAACGAGAACAAGAACGAAAACGAGAAGAGGAUAUAAGCAUACCACUACCUGGUGUUACCGAUUCGAAUGCAUUUGAAAAUUGGAUAAAGUGCGUAAUGGGUUUCAAUAUUACAAGAAAAUCCCUCAGGAAGCCUAUUGAGAUAGGUGCAAAACAACAUUUGCUCAAAAUGCCUAAAAAAGAAAUAUAUCAUUUUGAAACAUUUUCCAAAUGUUUAAAGGAUCAAAAAGUAUUCCACUUACAAUGGACUUCGAAUCAUAGAAAUGAAAAAAAGAUGAAAUGGAAAUGUGAUCAUGAGUUAUGUUGGAAAAUACUAAAUCAUUUAAUAGAUUUCCAUUCUAAAAAAGACAAAAUAAGGCCUAAAUGGGACAUACCAGUGCCACCGGUACCUGAAUCUAAGCCUGAAAAAGAGGAGCCUGAAAAAGAGGAGUCUGAAAAAGAGGAGCCUGAAAAAGAGGAGCCUGAAAAAGAGGAGCCUGAAAAAAAGGAGGCUGACAAGAAGGAAGAAGAGGAGGACAAAGAUGUAGAUGUCAUAUGUGACAACUAUUUCUGGGAUAUUAUGAAACUGUAUACAUAUAAUGAAAGUGUAGAAGGCGAAGCCGAUAGUCAUUCAAUUGACAAGAUCGAGCUAGUACUUUUACUUCAGCUUCUAAGUAACUGUCAAUUUUCGCAGUUCAAGAAAUUUGAGGAAUUUCACGAAAGAGAAAUGACAAAAAGGAGAAACGUUGUGAUGCAUUCUGGAAAUAACUCCGUCAGUUACAUAGAAUGUCAUUCACUAUUUGAGCUGCUGUUCGAUACACUGGGUGUCUUUAAAGAUGAGUUUCGAGCAUGUGAUGCAGCGAUUUCCUCAUUGAAAAAUUUGGAAAGACUUCAACUUUUUAACCUUGCUACGAAAGAAGAUGAGUUGACGCUGGUUAUAGGAAAAGCUUUAAAAACAAAGAAGGAUGCGGUUGUAUUCGACAUGCGGACAUGCGUAGACUCGAAAGAAAGAGAGAAGCUUUCCAACAUUUUGUCUUUUACAUGUAAUCAGAUAAAAGGCUUUAAUGUGUAUGGAUUUGCAUUAGAAAGGAAAGAUCAUGAAUUAAAAGAAAAGAUACGAUUAUUGGAAAAAGAGUUACAGGAGGAAAGGAAUAAAAGGGGUGUCAUGCAAAAUGUUGGAAUUGGUAUAGACGACUGGUGGUUACGAAAAUAAGAUGUUUGACAAGACUGGAACCACAAAAAUCUAGGGAACCCAUUUUCCUUGAUCUUGAUUUAUGUUUAUGGCAAUACACUGAUAACACCUUGAAAUUGAGAAAGAGGGCCUAAUUCGUAUUUAAAGAGUUAAAAGGACAACAAAUUUUAACAUCAUGGCCCAUCGGUUUACAUUUCUGCUUAAUCAUUAUCAAUUGUAUAAACUCAUUAAUGGUUUUGCUUUAGUAACAGAUCAAUAAUGCUAGAUUUAGAAAAAUAUAAAAUAUAAUAUUGCAAAAUGCAUAUUUGUAAAUAUGUAGUUUUGAAAGGGUUGAAAAUUUUGAGUUUUAUUUACAUGAUAGGAUUGGAAAUAUUUUUUAAGAUAAAUGUACCUGGCGCUACCUAGGCAUAGACAAGAACUCAUGUGCGUACGGUUGAUUUGAAAAAUUAUAAAAUUAAAAUUAGAAAACACUUGAAUACGAGAAAACAAAAUCAACAACAACAAAUAAAACUUACUGUGCAUGGUAAAAUAUAUCUUUUGAAUGAGACACUGUGGUAUGUCACGUACAUGCAUAAGAAAGUCACAAGGAAAUAACAAUAUUUCCGAAAUAAGAUUUAAAAAGUAUCUGUCUAUUGGAGGAAACACAUUUUUGCAUACCUAACAGGAAGACGACAGCACGUGGGUGACAGUACGACAGAGAAAAUGUCUAUGUCCGUUUUUAUUUCAAUUAUUAGUUUUAAAUUGCCGCAACGUCAUUGUGUCAUUGUUGUCUUUUUUAUUGUCGCUGUUGUGCAAAAACUUAAAUAUAAUCAUUAUUAAAACGUGGUAUUAAGAUAUUAAAACGAAACCUGGAUUAUUUACUUACCAUGACACGACGCAGCUGUGAGAUAAGGGUCGGUUUGCACUCUGAAAGCUAUAUAUUGUUAUAAAUUCUUCUGUCUUGUAAUUUAUAAUUUCUACUAGUUCCAUAAUUUCACAUAUUUGCAUAAAAUAAACAAUAACUGUUUUCCGUUUCAUUUCACCAUUUAUUUAUUUGAAAGUGUCCUAAAUUUCUAAUCUACAAUUAAUAUUUAAAGUUACAGAGUUUUUCUUCCUCACACAUGGUUGAUUAGUCACUGAGAAUUUUAUAUCUAAACUCUUAAGAUCUCAUUCUUGAAACUUUAAUCUAGAAUCCUGAAUCUUGACUCUAGCUCUUACAAUCUUACUCUUGCAUUUUGAAUCUUGUUCUUCAAUCUUCAAUCUAGACUGCAUCUAGAAAAUCUUGUCCCAGUAUUUAUAUGAAAUACCUGUACUCUCCAUAUUUGGAGGUUACCUUAGUGUUAAUUGACAAAUUUAAGCCUUCUUUAUUUAUGACAAACAAGUGUUGAUCAAGUAACUGUACCAGAAACAAACAGACUGAUUCCUGGAAUAUUUAUGAUGAUAACCAAUGAUUGAGUUCCCUAAACACAAUAAUUGCAGGCCUCCUCUUCAUAAUUUAUGCAGGUACCCGUUGACAGAGUUACCAUACUAAAAUCUCCCAGACUGAUACACAGUCUAGCCCCAACAGAUUUGUAGUAAUAAAUAAUGACAACAAAUGAGGUCUCAAUUCUCAUACAAACUCAAUCAUUAAAUCAAUCCUUAACCAGGUGCCUUGCUAAAACUACAACACUCCCCCAACCUUAAAAAGCUUAAUUGUCCCAAUUAAGUUAACAACACCAAACAAAAAUAUAGAAACGAAACAAAAAUCAGUGACUUUUCAACCAAUCUUACUCCCAAAUUGAAUAGAAGUUUAACAAUAAAACAUUCUCAAUUAACAUAUAAACACUGCAUUAACUAAAAUAGCAUUAUUCAAAUACGAAAUUCUAAGAAAAUACUUAAUCUAAAGAAAUGUUACUUCUGUUAAUGACAAUUUUUUUUCUGACUACAAUUAUACAUUGAAUACUCAAAACAAAUUAAUUAAAGUUCUC